GUGCUGGGUGGAGACUGGGCCGGGCUGUGAGCUCUCAGAGCGUUCAUGGUGCCAGCACGGGUGUCCCAUGCCAGGGGGCACCCAGAGCGCAGCCUGGCAGAGCUUGUCAGCCCAAGCAGCGAACUCUCUCGUGACUGAGGAGAGCUCACCCUGCUCCAGCGAGAGGGCAAAGACGGUGCCUUUGGACCAGCAGCCUCCUGAGGUGCUGGGGCAGAGCAGGGCGAGGUGGCCUGAGGCCUGGCACCCAGGGGAGAGGGGAAGGGAAGGGGGCAGGUCAAAGCCAGACCUAGUUCCGUGGACGAUGUGGAAGGGGAGGCAGGGGCAGGCUGGCGAGGGGGCAGCCCAGCAGGGGCUGUCAGAUCAGCCAGGACAGACACAAACCCAGAGGCUGGAGCCGUGGGCGGGUGGGAAGUCCCAGUCCCCCCGGGCAAGGGCAGGUGGCCCCGGGUCUGCUCCGGGGAGAGGGCUGGAGAGCAGCGGGCUGCAGGGCGAGCGGGUGGCCCCUGGGUCCCACGCGGGGCUGGGGCUGGCCGGGAAGGGCCGCGGGAGCAAAGCGGAGCAGAGGCGUGGCCCCUGGAGCCGCCAAACCAGCCGGGCGGCGAGGCUGGCGCCGGGCCAGGACGGGGGCGGGGCGGCGGCUCCCGGGUCGGGCUGCCCUUCCCGGCGCGUGACCGGCAGGGCGCGUGGGACGGGCCGGUCCCGGGCAGCGAGCGGCCACAGCUGCAUCGGCACCGGGAUGACAGCCGCUGUCCUGCGGGCAGAGCCGCCCCUCGGCCCGGCGCCCCUCGGCGGGCCCGGCCCCGCGCCCGGGGAGCGGGGCGAGCUGCCGCCUCCGGGGAGCCUGUCUGCGGCCGCCGCGCACCGGGAGCCGGCCCGGCAGGAGGGCGAUGCGGAGAGCCCCGGGGAGAGCGAGCCGGAGGCCUGGGGAGGCGAAGCGGGGCCCGCGCCCUGGCCCUCGGGACAGGUGCCCAGCGGGGCCCCGGCUCUGGAGGGCGAGGAGGGAGCGUGGGAGCCGCUCCUGGACCAGCGCGAAGCGCCAGCCGCCUGCGGCCCCCCCGGGGCGCCUCUGGUCGGGGGGCACCUCUGCCCGGCUUCAGCCCCGCUCAGCCUGGUGCCAGCGGCUGGCAGCAGCCCAGGAGCUCCCCAGGGGCCGCCCAGUCUCGAAAGGACCCCCAGCCAGACCUCCAGCCGGAGCCUGAGCCCCUCCAGCGGGGGGGCAGCGGAGCAGGCCCCGGGCAGCGCGUCCGAGCCCUGCUGCGCCCCGGGGGAAGCUGGCAGCGCCGAGGAGGAGUGCCCCAUCUGCACGGAGCCCUACGACAGCGGGCGGCACACGCAGGCCCUGCUCAACUGCGGCCACGUGCUGUGCAGCGACUGCCUGCACGCCAUCAUGGACCGGGCCGGCGCCGCCGAGAUCGGCCGCGUGCGCUGCCCCAUCUGCCGCCAGAAGACGCCCAUGCUGGAGUGGGAGAUCUGCAAGCUCCAGGAGGAGCUGCUGCUACUGCACGCCCAGCCCGCCCCGGCCUCCCCGCUGGCACUGCCCAUGCCGCCCCCCCUGCCCCCCCGGAGGCCAGGGCUCUGCGGGGCACUGGAGCACCACUUCCAGGUGCGCUUCCACACCAGCCGCAUGUUCGGCUGCCUGCCCUGCGUGCGCUACCCCCUGUGCCUGGUCAGCGGCCUGGGCAGCCUGCAACGCCGCUGCCGCUGCUGCUACCUGCUUUCGCUGGCCGCGCUGCUGGCGGCAGAGACGCUCAGCCUGCUGCUCAUCUUCCUGCCCAUCGUGCUGCUCGUGCUGCUCUUCCUCAUCCUGGACAAAUAGGCCCGGAGGCCUCUACAGCCAGGCCAGAGUGCGGGCAGUGAUCAAAGCAGGGGAGGGGAUUGGAGGGGGGGGCCCUGGGGAAGGCCAGGCUGGGUGUUCCUACCCCCCUCAGGACGGCUAAGCCGCAGGUGUUGGGCUGCGGUGU